AUGAAUGAAUUACGUCUACUGGUAUCAGGGUCGAUCAUCAUCGAUUCGACAACGUUCUACAAACAAGAACUUGAACGAUGUAUUAGAGAAAUUCGUCAAGAUUUUGAUCAACUCUCGCGGGUUCAACGACAAGAGUUGCAGGAUUACUAUCGGAUAAAAUCGGAGCAGCUGGUCUAUCAGGCAAAACGACAAAAAGAAACGUUAAUGGAGAAUGUUGUAGAAAUUCGAGAUGUGUCGACGAUUCGACAAGGCAUUGUAGAAACGAAACAACAACUGACUACGUUACAAAGUGAAUACAAUGCUAAACUCGCAAUUUUGAGUGACCUGGAAACAAGGAUGGAAACUCAGCGUCGUGAGAGCAGGAAUGAGGUCGAUCGAUAUGAUCGUGAAAUUAUCGAUUUGCGUGCAAAAUUGCAGUACCUCUUGAUAGCAUACGAUGAAAUAGUAACGAACAAAUCAACGCUGGAGUUCGAAAUCAACACUUACCGACGUCUGCUGGAUUCACAAACUGAGCACAUCAAACACGUUCGUAUUGUUGAAGUGCAGGAACCAGUCGUUGAACAAACAGAAACAAGUUCGAGUGUUCUUCAGUAUACCACCACAUUUCAACGAACUUCUAAAGGUGAGUAUUCAAUACAUGUAUACAGCCAGUUCGGAUAAUCCUAUGAUAGGUGAUCGUAUAAGGAUAAAAAAACGAGAAAUACUGAUGAAAUGACAGGAUUCAUACAGUGGAAACUUCCUACUGGAUGAUCCUGUAGAAAUCUGAUGAUCACGAGGAAAAUUAAAGAUUUAGUGGUUGUAAGUCUAGAGACCUCUUGCAAGAAACUAAGUGUCAUUGUUAGUGGAUCCAGGAGAGCUGGAACCGGUUGAGAAAAGCUAAACCGGACCAGUCGGUAAACGGCUGGGUUUUCAAUUGUAACUCAAACGGGCGGAAAGCUGACGAAGUUUUAUAAAAAUCGCUUUCAGAAACAAUUUCCGUCUGGAACGAAAUAGUUUGGGGGCACAUGUGAGAGAAUCUUCACAAUAACUAGUCUAUAAUAUUUAACCUUAAAUCAAGUGAUGAAAAUAAUACCUAUCUUGAAGAUAGUCUUAUCUAUUCUGACUGAAAACACGUGAAAUUUUAGUUUUUCGACGAAGAACUGGGCAAAAAGAGUAGA